AUGAAGACAUCGACUAUUGUCACGAUAUCCGUCGGCACGGCCGUCACCGGACUGCUCGCCUAUGCCGUUUAUUUUGACUACAAACGGAGAAACGACCCCGAAUUUCGAAGGGCCUUGAAGAAAGAGUCGCGCAGGCAGGCCAGAUUAGCCAAAGAGGAGGCCGAGAUCCAGGGCAAACAACAAAGAGAAGAGAUCAAGCAUGCAGUGCAAGAAGCAAUCGAAGAAGGCUUCCCCACGGACAUCGAAGAGAAGGAGGCUUUCUUCAUGCAGCAAAUAGCGCAGGGAGAGGCAUUGGCCGGAGAUGGCUCUGACCCCGUCGGUGCUGCACUAUGCUUCUACAAAGGCCUCAAGGUUUAUCCCGAGCCAUCGUCACUUAUUGGCAUUUACGAUAAUACCGUUCCCAAAGACAUCCUCGAGAUCCUGGCAAUCAUGGUAGCCCAAGACAAGAACCUCAAAGUGGGCUCGUUUGGCGCUUCUAGUGAAGGAGCGGCUUCUGACAGUGGUCCUGGUGUCGAAUAA